AAAAACUUUGAUUUUCUAACAAUACUCUUUGUGGUACAAAGAGAAGGCCAAAAAUGUCUUUUAUAUGCUAAUUGUAUAAUAUUUAAGUUUAACCCUAAUCAUCAUCAUUUUGGAUCCACGGCUACAAUAUCUGCCAACGAUGAUCUCCGGAGGCGAAGUCGAACCGCCGCAUAAAAAGAAGACUCCUCCGCCAUGUGAUGAGUCGUCAUCGUUUUCGUCACUUCCAUACGAACUCAUUGUAGAGUGCUUCGCACGUAUCUCUAAAUCGUAUUAUCGUUCACUCUCACGCGUCUCCAAAACCUUUCACUCUCUUCUCUCUUCACCGGAAAUCUACGCCGGCCGAUCUGAAACCACCGAGAUCUGCCUCUAUAUUUGUUUACGCUUACCUAAACGUACAUGUCCUCGCUGGUUUAGUCUCUGGAUUAAACCUAAAACACCAACCAACUCAAGUGGAAAUUUCUUGGUUCCGAUUUCAUCUUGUUCCGAUUCUCUUCCGGCAUCAAAGUCCACCGUAGCGAUUGGUUCGGACAUCUAUGCAAUCGGCGGAACCAUUGCGCCGUCUUCCGUGGUUAGGAUAUUUGAUUGUCGGAGGCACACGUGGCGUGACGCACCUAACAUGACGGUUGCUCGGAGUAACGCGAUGGCAUAUGUCCUCGGUGACAAAAUAUACGUAAUGGGAGGAUGUCAUGAAUCAGAAAAUUGGUCGGAGGUAUUCGACACAAAGACUCAAACUUGGCGACUAAUAGCUAAUCAUGACGCUGAGGCAAAGGAACCAAAAGAAGGUACGUGGAAUGUUAUGGAUAUGAGGAGAAUUGUUUGGUGUCAAUGGUGGUGGGUGAUAGACAAUGUAAUGUACUGUCGAUCUGGCUCGGGGUAUUUCAUGUGGUAUGACUCAGUUGGUGAACGAUGGAGAUAUGUCCAAGGUUUGGAUAAACUGGUUAGGUACAUGAAUUAUAAUAUAUCUUGCUGUAUGAUAGAAAUAGUUAACUUUGGUGGAAAAAUCUUAUUUAUGUGGGAAAUGUGUACGCUAUUUGGUCGCUGUCCAAACAAGAAAAUUUGGUGUGCGAUGGUUGCGUUUGAAAAACUUGAUGGAGGUAAAAUUGGUGGGAAGAUUGAGUGGUGUGAUAUUGUGCAUACACUCCCCAACUCUUAUAAGGUUUUGCGUUGUCUAUCUAUUUCGGUUUGAUUGGUCGUGUAAAAGUUUGUGACAUCACUGAUUCGUACGUGUUUCAUUUUCUUUGUUCUUUUAGUGGUCAUUGUAUUGAUUAUUGGUUUGUCGAAAAUACUAACCCACGAAGCAUGGAUCUCUCAACUCAAACAAUCUUAACGUCGUCGAUAUGAUCGAUUGAUUAUUUGUGGAACACAUGUCAUCAACCAAAUCAGAUUUAGUUAAUCAUUUUGUGAAUUUAAUUUCUCACCUUUUUGUGGAGAGUGGAAAUUUGUAGAGCUCAUUCGUCUGUUAUACACUUUGUCACUAUGUAAUUCGCCAAAAGGGUAUGUGUUUUAUGUGAGACAAAAUGAGUAAAUUCGUAAGCUUUUACGUUUUAUGUGUUCUUUUUAAUAAAAUGUGACUAGUGAUCAUCUAAGCGUAAGUGAUCAUAUGAUUAAUUUAAUAGUGCGUUAGAGAUCUUAUUUUAGUUUUAUUUUUGAUCAAAAUUGUGAAAGUAGAAGUUUUGAGAGUGAGUGGAAAAUAUGUAUUGAAACUUUGGAAAAUUAAAGUUUCCAUGUUAGUUAAAUUUGUAAAGGAGGUGUAUAAUUACAAUUAUAACCUUAAACUACACACCUUCUUUACAAAAUUUACUUAAUUUGGUUAUAUAAACAGUUUUUAAACUACUAAGUAAG